CUUUAUGUAUAUUACGAUACCCCAGGCAGGAACACGAGCAGUUCACUGCUGGCUAACCGGUCGGAGAAGUCGGCGAAGUCUCGGAGUCGCGCGGCGACUCGGAGAAGAAACGCGAUAAACCGCGAUAAACAGGAGAACCGUUCGUUCAUUCGUUCGUUUUUGCCUUCUUUCCUUUCUCUCGGCUGAUUUGUCAUACGUGUGACAACGUCAAGUGCGAUUCUUACGUCGCCACGUGAAGACAGCAUCAGAAAUCUCCAUAGUGCGCGCGUGAGCGGCUGAGCUACUGAUCGAAGUUUCAGUAUUGCCGAGUGAUCGCUUCGAUCCAUGAUGAUCGCGCUCGCGUGGUACCUCUUCAUCAUUGCCUCGUUCCUCGUGGCGAGCAACCAGGCCUUUCUCAACGCACCUAUACCAGCUCACGCGGUGUCGAGUUACAGCAUGGGCGCUGACAGACGAAUAGAGAGCAAUAAAGCGAGUUACGGCGCGAACGACAAUCAUCACUCAGCCGUCUCGAAAACCAACGACAGCGACGACGAUGACGAUGAGGAGACGGUCUACGUGAUCGCAUUCAACGAGGGAAGUAACGACAACGUCGAGAAAGAGAGAGACAGGGAAGAGACGGAUAAGGAAUCGUACAAUUCAGUCAAUCUCGAUCUGCAGAACCCGCUGGAUCCAUGGUCCAUAGUCUGGUACAUCGGCUCGUUCGGCGGCCUGGUCGCGUUCUUCCUCGUCGUCAGCUGUUCCGAGUGGUGUUGUCGACGGGGCGGCCGACCCCUGGCGGUACCCUACGCGCAACGCGCCGAGACGAUAAAUAUGCCCGGGGUCACGGAAACCCCGCCACCCCCUUAUCACCUAUUUGCGCCGCCUUCCUACGAUUCCGUCAAUUACAACGAGAUCAUCGACAAGACGACCGGCGAGAAAUUGGACAUUUACGUGAUCUCAGUGCCGAUUCACAGACCAAUGGCGCAGGCGCCAGCAUAGAACACCCUAGGAAUUCUCGUCUGGACGAGGAUCACUGAACCCAACUCGACACUGAUGGUCGACCAAGAAGAAACGACCAAUCGUCACGUCUUCGGCAAAAUCGUUGCUAGGUCUACGCCGGGAAUGCUGCAGACUGCUCGAGAAAGAAAUGCAGCUGUUUACGGCGCCGUCGUAAUCGCAGAAGUACAGCGAGAGAGUGGCUAAUAACAAUAAGUGUCUUCCUUGUGACAUCACCAAGGAAUUACAUUCGCUCGAUGUCAUUGACAAAGAUGACGAACGUUCAUUGAAACAUUGAUAUCAUUCCGGAUUGUGUGAGUCGUUUUCCGUGUUUCCGUGAAAAGUGCGACGCGUGUCUUUCCUCAUACCUGUGCGAGGAAUCGUCAUCAUUCUACACGUUAAUUAUUUUGCGGAAAAGAUCGCGAUAGUAUCGCGAGAAGAUUACAUCGAGGAAAGGAAGCUUUGACUAAUAAAGUCCGCGUCAACGCUUGUGCAGAACAAUUUAUCGCAACGGUGAUAGUAGGUGAUGUAACGGUAACAGAAUUUAUGAGAGACAUGAUAUACGAUCGCAGUAAAGACUCAAAAAUGUUUUCUGAAGAAGAUAAGUUAUAAAAAAUUGGGAAAUAUAGGAGAAUAAAAUGGUUCUUAAAGGAAGGAACUUGAGUUCCUCAGACUAAUGGACAAUACAGACUCUAAACAAUUCUCGUUGCGUUAAUUGCAAUAAUUAAUUUAAUCAGUCUGCGGAAAAUGGCGAAUCGAAUUGCGCAACGACAAUUCAAUCCUCGCGUAGAAACAUUUUAUAUACGCGAAAAAAAUACCUCGAUAAAGAGAAUCGGUGGCAGAAUAUAUAAUAAAACAAAAGAAUAAAAAAUAAUUCAAUCACUGCCAUUCGGAAUAAAAUAUCAUCGAGUUUUAAAUAUUAAAUCCAGCUUUUAAUAUAUCGAGAUUGCUUUAAUUGUAUAAUAGAUGCAGAUUCAUUUCCGCGAAUAAAGUUAUCGCACAACGAUCCUUGAAAAAUUCCUCGCUUUAUUUUUCGCGACAAUCGACAAUGUUUGCCAUCGGUUCGAUUUACUAUCGUCGGUGAAUUGUGCGAAAUAUGAGUAUUAUAAGCGCGCGCACGCACUGUGAGAACUUGGACUUACACGUGAUAUUGUCGCAUGCGAUUGGCCCCAAUCGCCUACCGACUCCGUCAAUUAGGGAUGAUUAGUGUAGACUGUAGAUUAUAAAUCGACUGCCAUGAGAAGUGUCUCCCCGCGAACGAGGCCGCGAAAAUAAUUUAAGAUAAUAGCGCGAGUAUUAGCCCCGCGAGAUAGCUAGACGAGACUCACUCGCUCAUGAUGAGAACAGAGAGAAACAUAGGCGCCGCGAUUCUUACUCGCGACCAGAGUGAAUUGCGAGUCGUCAAUUACACGCUAAUUAACGUCGCGCUUGUGAGUAAUCACAAUGAAACAUCCGUGCGACUUCUUAAAUGUCGAAAAACGCUUCUGAUGCAAACGGAUUCCGAGAGCAUGUGAAACGUUGAUGAAUGCGUAAUAUCAGUGGGAUUUCAUUAUGAUAAAAUCUCGAAAUGGAACGGAAAGAAACGCGACUGAAUGUGCCAUGUGAUGAAAGAACUUGUAUUCCACUUAAGCGAUCGCGCUUGAUACAUAAUAAUGAAAUUUCCAUGCAACUCUGAUGUACGAAGUAAAUCGAGAUUUCAUUAGACAUAUAAUAAUAAUAAUAAUAAAGAAGAGAUCGAAGAAUCGAAGAAUCUCUCGAUAUCCAUGCAAAGUGUCUUAAAUUCGUAAAUUUGUAAUAAUGUGAAAAACGAGACGUUCGUGUCACAUGUUGCAUGUACGAAAACAUAAGGGCCUAAUUGUCAGAGAGCAAACGGUAAAUUCUAAAAAGCGCGACACUCACGCGCGCAGCAAUCUUCCAGUUUUAGUCUUUCAAUAGUAGAAUUACGAGCAAUUAGCAGCUAUACGCGUAUUUGUACGCGUGAAACAGGUAGGCGUGCGUUAGGUAGAAAGUGAAUUAAUGUAACUCUAAUGCGACGUCAAUUAUAAUUAGCGAUAUAAUUAAUGAUUGCGACGGUUACGACCGUAUAUUAGAAUUGACCCGACCACUUUGAAAAGAAUAUAUGCCAAGUAAUAUAUCUACAAGCCAGAUGAUAUUUUGCAAUAAAAUAUGUUGAAUUGCGAUAUCUACGUCUGAUUAUCGAAAUCCGAACAAGUCGUUCUCCCGCAGCUCCCGAUUUUAACGAGGUGUCGUGUAAAGUUGUAAAACAAGUUCGUGAUACAACUGUGAUUCGCGUAAUAGUUAGAUAGAGAAAAUCGAGUAAUAAUUAGAAGAGCAAUCUCGUUGUUAGCAAUGCGUUAUCUUUUCAAAGUGAACGAUUCGCCUAUUUUGCCCCUCCUACUGUUACGAUUAUUAUCAUUGUUACUGUAUCGUAAUUGUAUCGCAAUGCAUUUCUGGUUGCGUUCCCGAGAGUGCAUCGCGACCGACUCAUCGUUCACGAAACUCGCGAAGUAACACGUACACGGCGCUGUUGAUAUUUAUUUUUUAUACUUUUAUACACACACUGUUUAUAUACAUAUUUCGGAGAAACGUCCCUGCGUUACUAAUAAAAUUUCUUUUCUUACGUAA